UAUCGCAGUCAACUGUAAACAUGAAUCUCGAGUUAAAGAGUAUAUUACGUAGUCAUCAGAAAAAGCAAAAAGUCGAAAGUACUAUGUUGAAUCUGAUGAAAUCAACUAGUGAUAAGCAAAUGAAGGCCAAAAUAUUAGCCCACAAGAGAAAAAUGAAAACGAAACAACAGUCGAAUUUGCUUCGCAAAGUCCAGGAUAGUUCUCUGAAACAAAUAUAUAACCUUGCCGUCAACAAGAAGAUCGCCACAAGCUCAUCUGUUUUAGACUACAAGAUUUUAAAGUGUGCCAUAAAGAGCAGACACAGAGACUUGGCUUUAUUUCUCCUGAAGAACGGCUGCAGAGUAAACAAAACAGACUCCAUGAUGACGAGCCCUUUUUCACAAACUGGAGUCACUCCGUUACACCACGCAGUGGGCCUAAACGACAAGGAGCUUGUCAUUAGUCUUCUGGCGAAGGGAGCAUCUGUUCUUACGGCCGACAAGCAGGGUAACACACCGCUGCACGUAGCUUUCCUCACCAAGAGGCACGAAUUGGUCAAAGAACUGCUUUCUUUCUGCUGUGGCGCAGGCAACCAAAAUUUAGCAAACAAGGCUGGAAUUUCCCUCAUGCACAUAGCGUGCACCGUGAACGAUCCCGUGAUCGUACAGAAGUUUCUGGCCGCCGGAGCAAGCAUCAAUCACUUUGUUGACUAUAAGUCUUCGGCUUAUCCCGGCUACACAGCUCUGCACUUUGCCGUAGAGUUCCGAGCUGCGGAGGUCGCGCGCGUCCUCGUCGCCGCGAAUGGUAAUCUCGAUGCCUUGGACGCCCGUGGUAUGUCACCUCGAAGCCUGGCCUGCAAGCUCAGCGAAGAAGCUUCCCUCGUCGAUUACCUACUCACCAAGGGGAUCAGGAAGACCGAAGCUCACAAUUCAAAUAUGCUAACGACCUUUCACGUGGUAUGCCUCAAAGAGAAGCCAGAGGUAGUGGAGCAUUUUUUGCACAAUGGAGCUUGGAUAGAAGAAACAGUCGAUUGUAAGGACCCUUUCUUCGCGCUCUGCACUCCUUUGCACAUGGCAGUACAGAGUGGUGAUCCAGACAAGGUACGCCUACUGGUCGAAUAUGGUGCCUGCGUUGAGUCUCAGAAUAGAGACUACAUGACUCCUCUGCACCUGGCGCUGUACACCGAGGAUCCAGAGAAGAUCGAUAAGACAAACAGCAUAGUUGAUUUGCUAUUUUCCAAAUUCUCGUUCAAUAAUUACGACCUAGUGGACCUGAACGGAUUGUCGUUCCUUCAUAUCGCCUGUAGCCGCAACAACGUCGAUCUUGUGAAGCAGAUGCUAAAAAAGGAGGAUAUUAAUGAGCAGAUUCUGUACAAUUUGAAAAACUUUGCUCUUUACACGCCUCUCCACUUUGCAGUGUGCUACCACGCCAAAGAGACAGUCGAGCUGCUGGUGAAUAGCGGGGCCAACCUGAAUUGCAGUGACAACGAGCAAAAGAAGACCAGAAUCGAGAAAAUACGUCCACGUACCCUCGACUACAUCGAUCUGUUUUGUAGUCGAGGUUGCGACGUUGAUGCACAGGACGCUAAUUGGAAUACAGCGCUGCACUUGGCCUCCUCUUCAAAGAACGUAAAACGCGACGUCGUCCAAGAAUUAUUAAAGUGGGGUGCUAACGUCAAUCUGGAAAAUAGCGCCGGUGCCACUCCGUUCGACGUUGCGGUGCACCCGCACAGUUUGACCAUUUACGAUCACGUGCAAAAGCUGCUCGUGGCCAACAUGCCGGUCAGCACCCACAAUCAAAAGUCAAUAAACAAUCUCAGUAUGAGUACCACGGAUCUGGAGCGCGCUAGGCGUCGUAGGCAAGAUUGCAAGCUGGAGACACUGCUGUUGAGGAAUAUCUACGUCGACAAGCCUACGUCCUUGCUGGAUGUAUUGUGCAUGGACAGGCACACCAUUCUGGCUUGCUACUGCGAGGAGGACGGGGCGUUCAAUAAAAUUAUAGAGUCGACGUUUUUCGAGGAGACGUUUACAAAUUAUGCGUGUCUGCUCAAGUUGCAGUACAGGCGAGGAGCAAAGGCCAGGAAGGCCGAAGAGAGCAAAGUUAAUUGCAAAAAGAGAAAAAUACUGCCCGAUGAUCGUUAAAAUUAGUCGCUCGUGCUAUAUAAAAGUGCAUUAUUUCUUGGAAGAUUUUUUGUACAAUGUUUACUUUACUUUUUUUUUGUUCCUUCGAUUCUUAAUGGAAUGCCAAAUCUUGGAAUAUUGUGAAUCCUCGCGUAAGUAGAUUCAAAGAGAGAGCAAGUUUGUUUGUUUUUAGUUUUCUCUUAUUUUUGUGAUCCAAUACCAAGUUCUUGAGAGUAUUGUGGAAAGAUUUAGUUUUAAAUGAGCUCUUAAAUUACAGUCGACUAAUUGGUAACAUUAUUGAGGUGUGUGAAAAAAUUAUGAAUGUUUAUUUUUUUAUAAAGUAAUUUAUACCAUGUAAUUCAACCAAAUACAAAGUUGA